GGGGCUUCGUGCUAUCAUGGCCGCCCCCGGGAGAGACACUCACGUGGUGUCGGUUUGCGGAAGAGGCGGCGACAGACACCAUGGCGGCGGCGCGGACGCCUUCACGUGGAAUCACAAAAUUCAAGAAAGGGAGACAGGGAAUUACAAAAUUCAAGAAAGGGAGACAGUUUGUGCCCUCUGCUAGAUUUAGGAAAAAGGGAAUAAAAGUUGUAGGAACAUGGAAACCUGUGAAGAUUGACCCACAUGUGUUUGCCGAUGGGCAGCUUGAGGACCUGGUGUGUUUUGAAGAACUUCAUGAUUAUAAAUUGGUAGGUGCCUCAAAACUGUCAUCGAAAGAAAAGCCCAAAAAGAGAAGGUCUGGUGCUGUGGUGUCUGAGGGGGAGGCAGAAGAAGAGACUGCUUCCCAGCCGAAAAAGAAGAGGAAGACGAGCAGAGAUCAGGGAACAGAGACAACUGUUAAGAAAGAGAAAGAAAACCCAUCACUUGCAGAUGAAGACCGCAUUUCCCAGGAAGUUGUGCUCAAACAUGUGCUUGACACUGACCAUGAGGAUGGUCCCCAAGAAGGUGGAGUUGUAGAAACCAUAAGCCCUCCCAAAACUGUUAAGAAAAAGAAGAAAAAAAAGACAGGGAAAAAAGCCGAACCAUCUUCUCAGGCUGCUCCUUCCAAAGCUCCCUCUAAAGUAAAGAGUUGGGCAACCAAGUUGGAUGAUCAGGAAGCCGACGUCUCUGCCUGGAAGGACCUUUUCGUACCUGAGCCGGUCCUUAGGGCAUUGAGCUCUCUAGGCUUUAGUGCUCCGACUCCUAUUCAAGCUUUGGCCUUGGCCCCUGCCAUCCGAGAUAAUCUCGAUAUCCUCGGUGCUGCAGAAACAGGGAGCGGGAAGACCCUUGCCUUUGCUAUCCCAGUGAUUCACUCAGUGUUGCGCUGGCAGGAGGAUCAGAAACAGAGCAGCCAGGAGCAGUCUGGGAGUCACCCUGAGGACGGAGAGUCAUCGGUGGAUGCUGAUGAUCCUUCUGAAGAUGGCGAUGAAACGUCCAACCCUCUGCCCGUGGAACGGAAAGAAGAGAAGGAUGAAGACCCGUGUCACGGUCCAGGCGACAUAAAGCUGGAGUUUGAUGAGGAAAAGCCUGCCGGUCACAGAAAUCAGAGGAGCCCUUUGCUUGGGCUUGUUUUGACACCCACUAGAGAACUGGCCGUCCAAGUCAAACACCACGUUGAUGCUGUAGCCCAGUUUACAGGCAUCAAAACUGCUCUCUUGGUGGGUGGAAUGGCUCCUCAGAAACAGCAAAGGAUGCUGGGUCGCCGGCCAGAAAUUGUGAUUGCCACACCUGGGCGUCUGUGGGAGUUAAUUAAAGAGCAGCAUCACCACCUCUCAAAUCUCAAACAGCUCAGGUGCCUGGUGAUCGACGAGGCAGACAGAAUGGUUGAAAGAGGCCACUUUGUCGAACUCUCCCAAUUGCUGGAAAUGCUGAAUGACAGCCAGUAUAAUCCGCAAAGACAGACAUUUGUAUUUUCCGCCACACUGACUUUGGUCCACCAAGCACCUGCCAGAGUGUUUCAAAAGAAAAACGCCAAGAAGAUAGACAAGACGGGCAAGCUAGACAUGCUAAUGCAGAAGAUUGGGAUGAGAGGCAAACCAAAGGUGAUCGACUUAACCAGGAAAGAAGCCACAGUGGAAACCCUGACAGAGACCAAGAUCCACUGCGACAAAGAAGAGAAGGACUUCUAUCUCUAUUACUUUCUGCUUCAGUACCCAGGAAGAACCAUGGUCUUUGCCAAUAGCAUCGACUGCAUCAAACGCCUCACAGCUCUCCUCUCCAUUCUGGACCGAGAUCCACUUCCUUUGCAUGCAAACAUGCACCAGAAGCAAAGAUUAAAAAACCUAGAGCGGUUUGCUGAACGAGACAAUGGUGUUCUUCUAUCAACAGAUGUGGCUGCUCGGGGCUUGGAUAUUCCAGAUGUUCAGCACGUCAUCCAUUAUCAGGUCCCUCGAACCUCAGAGAUCUAUGUCCACCGGAGCGGCCGAACGGCCCGAGCCGCUAAGGAGGGCCUCAGCCUGCUGCUGAUUGGACCGGACGACAUGAUCAAUUUCAAGAAGAUUUACAAGACCCUGGAGAAGAGCGAGGAGAUUCCGUUGUUUCCCAUUGAAAUAAAGUGCAUGAAAGCGAUCAAGGAGCGAGUAAAUUUAGCACGACAGAUCGAGAAGGAGGAAUACUACAACAGCCGAGCGAAGCAGCACAACGCCUGGCUCCAGCAAGCUGCUGAUGCUCUUGAAAUAGAUGUGGACGACGACGUGUUCCUAGGAGGAAGACGUAACGAACAAGAAGAGAGUCAGAAACAAAAGAUGAUGAAAGGAAUGAAAAAACAGUUAAAACAUCUGCUUUCCCAACCUGUAUUUAAAAAUCUCAUGAAGACCAAGUAUCCGACCCAGUUUGGAAGACUGACGGUGCCCGAGAUGCCCCUCUACACUUCAGAAUCUGCUCUGAGCACUGUAUCGCAGCAGAAGAAGAAGAGAAAGAAGAAACAACCGAUUAUGAGUAUAAAUUAAUUUCAGACAAACAAAGCUUGUUGGUGACAACAGUGUGGUGGCUUUGUGCAGCCUUCCUCGUCCCCAUCUGCUCCUGUGGGUGGCAACGACACCCCCACCCCCUUGCUAUUAUCACAGCAGGGAAGAUGAUGCCAUGGCCAGUUAUGUAGUCAGACUAGCAAGAGUCAGCAGCUCUUACUCACCCCAUUCAUCCUGAUGCUGCUGCAUCCCUAACGCAUGCGGGGAAAUUUGUUUUUUUAAAUUAAAAGCCAUGGCUUAAAUGGA